AUGAGUGGAAACAAUAAUGGCUUGAACGUUGUGGAAUGCUUUGAUACAGUUGCUGAAACAUGGACCCCUGUUGCCAGAUUAAACAAUUCAAGAUUUUAUUUCAAAGCCUGUGUUGUUGGAGGAAAGAUAUUUGCUGUUGGAGGGAAUAAUUCCAAGAACACAAUAGAAAAAUAUGACCCCGCUGUAAACUCCUGGAAUGUUGUUGAAACAAUGGAUGGGAUAGAAAUUAAGGUUUUCGCUUCCAUCGCUUUGACUGUUCCCUUCUAGACAAUAGUUGAAUAUCCAUCACAAAAGCAUUUUGACUCUGCUAUGAUUUAAAUAUAACUCAAACUAUA